GCCUCACAGAAACCCUAACUAAACGAGGGCGACGCGUCCAUGGCCAGGUACCGCAGCCGCAGCCGAAGCCGCAGCUACAGCCCACGCAGGCGGUACAGCCGCAGUCCUCCCCGCUACAGGCACUACGACGACCCGCGUGACCGCUACCGCGGCGGCGGCGGCGGCGGGCCCCGCCGCGGGUACGACCGACCGUCGGCGCCCACCGGCCUCCUGGUCCGCAACAUUUCACUCACCGCCAGGCUAGAAGACAUUCGUGGUCCAUUCGAGCAAUUUGGCCCUAUAAAGGAUGUGUACCUUCCGAGAAAUUUCCACACAAAGGAAUUACGUGGUUUUGGGUUUGUGAAAUUCCACCACCCUGAGGACGCUGCAUAUGCUAAGCAAGAAAUGAAUCAUCAAGUUAUUUGCGGUCGAGAGAUUACAAUAGUUUUUGCCGAGGAGAAUAGAAAAACCCCACAAGAAAUGCGCUUCAGAACAAGAUCAAGUGGUAGGCAUAUGGAUGGAAACUACAGAAGAAGGCAGUCGCUGUCAAGAUCCCCAAGGUCUCGUUACCCCUCUUAUUCACCUGAACCUUCUCCAGUUAGACGGCACUCCAGGGACAGAGAUAAUUAUUCUCCUAGGGGUUCAUACUCUCCACAUACUCGGGACAAGAGGCAGCACAUAUCAGAUGGUCGAUCGCCUAGCCUAGAUGGACAUGAACAUAGGAUAUCACCAUCCAGUAAUGGACAUGGUCCACCAGUUGACAGGAAGAGCCCAACCUGAUCUCGCUGGCUCCUAAAGGCUGAGAUGAAUUUCAGUUCUACAAUCCAUGAUUGGGUGGUGAGAGCAGAGAACAAUGCCUUCUUUCCUACUAUGUUUUCUAGAAUAGGUCGGUGGUUUUUGUAGUGAACAGACUUUUGUGUUCAAAAGCAAGUUGUUGAGUGUUGACACGUUUUAUCAGUACUGUUUGUGAUAUAUUGUGGGAUCCGUUAAAGUCUGAUCAAUUGGUACUUUGUGUGUUUUAGGCUAUAUUUUUGUUCUGCUUGUGCUUGCAA